ACGGCUAAGACGUUCAAAACGGAAAGAACAAAAUCUUAAAAAAUAGUUCAGUCAUCUAAUAAAUGCUAAAGUGCACAGAAUAUUUUUCAAAACAUAAAAUACGACUUUGACACAACUAUAAACAUUUUAAAAUAUUUCGGGAAGUCUACAAAAAGUGGUGUUUUCUAAACAUGUCAGCAAGGGCGUCAAGCUGAUGGUUAUGUAAUCUCUGUGAAGAUUCCAGAAAUCAAACAGAAUCCUUUCGCUUCGAUAAAAAAAAUAACUAUAGUUGACUGCGAGGGAAGGGGCAUUUUUGAAUUCAUCCGUUAAGAAUAGCUCAGAUAGUAAUGGUGGUCCAAAUAAUUAUUCUGGUGAUCUGCACCAUCUGCUUGAAGCACUACGCCAAAGGGGAGUUUCAACAAAGUCUGGCCAUAACCGACAUUCUUCCCGAGGACAUCAAGCGCUACGAUAAGAUGAGACCGCCUAAAAAGGAGGGCCAACCCACGAUAGUCUACUUUCAUGUGACUGUGAUGGGUCUGGACUCUAUUGACGAGAACUCCAUGACAUAUGUGGCUGAUGUGUUCUUUGCUCAGACUUGGAAGGAUCACCGUCUGCGAUUGCCAGAGAACAUGACGCAGGAAUAUCGAUUGCUGGAGGUGGACUGGCUAAAGAACAUGUGGCGGCCCGAUUCGUUCUUUAAAAACGCCAAAUCGGUAACGUUCCAGACGAUGACCAUUCCAAAUCACUACAUGUGGCUGUACAAGGACAAGACGAUACUCUACAUGGUCAAACUGACGCUAAAGCUGUCCUGCAUCAUGAACUUUGCCAUCUAUCCGCACGACACCCAGGAGUGCAAGCUGCAAAUGGAGAGCCUCUCCCACACCACGGACGACUUAAUCUUCCAGUGGGAUCCCACCACACCCUUGGUUGUGGACGAAAACAUCGAGCUGCCGCAGGUGGCUCUCAUCCGGAAUGAAACGGCGGACUGCACACAGGUAUAUUCCACGGGCAACUUCACCUGUCUGGAGGUGGUCUUCACCCUGAAACGUCGCUUGGUCUACUAUGUCUUCAAUACCUACAUACCCACCUGCAUGAUUGUAAUUAUGUCGUGGGUAUCCUUCUGGAUCAAACCGGAGGCGGCUCCUGCCCGCGUGACCUUGGGCGUAACCUCCCUGCUCACCCUAUCCACGCAGCACGCCAAAUCGCAGUCGUCCUUGCCACCGGUUUCCUAUUUAAAGGCCGUGGACGCCUUCAUGUCCGUCUGCACGGUGUUCGUGUUCAUGGCCCUCAUGGAGUACUGUCUGAUCAAUAUCGUCCUGAGCGACACGCCCAUUCCCAAGCCGAUGGCCUAUCCUCCCAAGCCGGUGGCCGGUGAUGGGACGAAAAAGGAGGGCGAGGGCGCUCCUCCAGGAGGCAGCAAUUCAACGGCCAGCAAACAGCAAGCCACCAUGCUGCCACUGGCUGAUGAGAAAAUCGAGAAGAUUGAGAAGAUCUUCGACGAGAUGACCAAAAACAGGAGGAUUGUUACGACCACGCGACGUGUGGUGCGACCGCCGCUGGACGCUGACGGUCCGUGGAUUCCGCGACAGGAGUCGCGCAUCAUUCUGACACCCACGAUUGUGCCACCGCCACCGCCUCCGCCGCCGGCGGCACCGGAACCGGAACUUCCCAAGCCCAAGCUGACCCCCGCCCAGGAGCGGCUCAAGCGGGCCAUAUACAUCGACCGCUCCUCGCGCGUCCUGUUCCCCGCCCUCUUCGCCAGCCUGAACGGCAUCUACUGGUGCGUGUUCUACGAGUAUCUGUAAGACCUGCAAGACCUGCAAGACCACCUUUGCCCUGUACAUACAGUUCGCUAGGUAACUCUGGCACUGGCGCUCCAGUCGAGUGCUAAACGUUGAUUGUUCGCAUACAUAUAUCGAAACGUAUAUCGCAAAAUUAAUCUUAAGCUUUCACGCACAAGCUUUAAGUCAAUGAAUUUUAAACAUAGAUGAUUGUUGAACCACGAAACACAUAAAAAUUGACGGAGAGGAUGUCAGGAUAAAUUACAAAUUACCAAUUCAAUUCCUAAAAUGCUUAAAGUUAAUCAAGUGACGUAGUAGCUGGUGUAGAUUAAGUGAAUUGUAAUUUAAUGUCUCAAACAAAUGCU